GGGCUCACGUCAUCUCCGGUGCAGGGGAGCAGGCCGGCCCGGCGCGAGCAGACCGCCAGCGAGCAACCAAUCAGAAGAACCGACAGCCGCGGCAAGGUGACCAGUGUGAUGCUGACCGACCGGCGCCUGCCUCCUAUAAAGGAGAGUCACCGUGAGCCGUCCCCGCAGUCUUCCAGCCGCCCCUGCUCCCCGGCACCCUCGUCCCAGUCGGCGCCCGUCAGGUCAAUAAAGUCGGCGGCGGCACCGGUGCGUCGACUGGUGCCGGUGCGUCGCGUCGGCCGUCGCCGCGCUCCCCUCGCCGAUGACGACGAAACAGAGCGACUCCUGCCAGACGACGACGACGAAGUCACCAGGACGGCCUAGCGGGGCCGAGAGGGACCCAGUGGACCCAAUGGGCCCCCAAGGAGGACCCAAGAGCCCAGCCGGUCGGCCCGGCAGCCCUCAGCGGCACCAGCAAUAAGCAGCAGCGUGCCGAGCGGCCAUAGUGCGUAGGCUGUUUGUUCGAGGCGGGCUAGUGGCGCGCAGGUAGACAGAUAUACCUAUACAUAUAUCGUGCUCAAUGGAACGCGGGCUCGGCGAGCCGGCGCAGCGGUAGUUACGGGGGCGCGGCGGAGGACGGAGGGCGGAGGUCGGAUGGUGGAGGGAGGAAGGCAGACGGAGGACGGAAGGCGAUGAACUGAUGGCGGAGACCGGAGGACGGACGGUAGCCGGAAUACGGUGGACAGUGGACGGCGGAGGGCGAAGGGCGGAGGGCGGUGGACGGGGCGGAGGACGGAAAGCGGAGAGCGGAGGAUGGAAGCUGAAGAGCGUAGGGCGAUGGUGAACAGCGGAUUGUGGACGAUGGAUGGCCGAACAUAUGCAUAGGGCCUAGGACGAAGGUCGGCGGAAGUCUGCCAUUUGGAGCUACUGUGGGCGGGACGAGGGCGGCGAGCGACGUUGGCUACGCAGUACGCUGACCAUCAGCGCAGUGGUCAGGACGGUGGGACCAUUAACGACUCCCGGCAGUACAGUCACGGAUUGCCGUGCCAGCAAAAGGCAGCGUUAUCGCGGCCCAGUCGACCUCAGCAGGAGCAGAGACGCUCGGAAAGCUAACGAGCAUAAUUAUCGCGCCUCGCUAUGUAAUUAAAUGAAAUGGAAUGCGUCGAAACCUCGCGCAUGUAGGAUGAGACUCCAUACGGACCAGUGCACGGUAGGCGAUCGGGCCGGUCUAGCCUCGCGAAACUUCAAAGACACUGUUUUCCGAAAAUUGGGAAACAACGCAUACUAGUCGACAGAAAAUUCAUCAAAGAUUACGAUUAAAGCAUUUGCAUGGCUCAGGAGACAUUUUUUCGUCGACAAAAGUAUCGUUAAAGACAGCG